UAAAUAUUGGUAAUCAUGGGUGAUAAAAACCGAAAAGAUUUUUAUAAAAAUAGGUGGAUUCGCAAUAAAAAAACAUCAAACAAAUCUCGUCAAUCUGAAGAUGAAAACAUUCAAAAUAAAAAACUAUCUAAACUUUUGGACCCUAUUGAGGCAAGCAAUUUAUUAAAUACUCAUGACACUUACAUCAAUUUUGAUAUUCCUUAUUAUGGAUGGAAAUUAUUUUUUGAUGAUGAAAAAUAUGAAGCUGAUUCUGACACUGUAAAAAAAGUUCAAACAGUAGAACGUUUUAUAAAUAGGCAUCAGCGAUUAUCAGUUUCACUUUCAUUAGAAAAUUUAGAAAAUGGAACAGCUUUUAAACUUGAUAUGUGUGAAUUAUAUAAUGAUGAACUUUUUUUAACUGAGUGGUCUCAUUUUAAGAAAGAUAUAUAUGAAAAUCCUGAAUACACAUUAAAUUGUUUUAAGCUUGCAAUGCAUCAGAAAAUAUUAAAUACAAUACCCCCAGAAAGCUUAAGUUUUAUAAACAUUAUAAGUACACUAUCCAAUGUUAGAUUAAAAAUAUUAAAUUAUGAACCUAUUGUAUGUUUACAAGAUUUGAAAGCAAGUUUAUAUGGGAAGUUAGUAUCUGUUAGGGGUUGUGUGAUAAGAGUAGGUCAUGUCAAACAUCUUCCAGAGUGGAUUGUAUUCAUGUGUCGCAAAUGUAAUUUACAAAAAAUGGUUAAACAGCCAUUGGGAAAUUAUACAGUCCCAAAAAAGUGUGGUAUAUGUAGCACAUCUAAAUUUCGUGCAAUAUUGGACUCUCCAUUAAUAAAAACCGUUUCCUUUCAAAUUAUUAAAAUACAAGAACUUUCAAGCGAUGAACAGAACAGUAAGGGUAUUAUGCCUAGGAUGUUUGAAAUUGAAUUAAGAGAUGAUUUAGUGAAUAUUUGUAUGCCUGGAGAUGAUAUUACUUUAACUGGAAUUAUUAAGGGAAAUAAUACAACUAAAGGACAAAAUAAAAGCCUAUUUUCUUUAUAUAUGGAAGCUAUUACAAUAAUUAACAAUAAACAAAAAUUUCAAAGUAAAAAUAUUGUGAAUGAUGAAAUGUCAAUAAAAGAUUAUUUAGCUAUAAAGGAAGUAUAUAGUACACCAAAUAUUUUUUCACUUUUGGUACAUUCUCUUUGUCCCAGUAUAUAUGGUCAUGAAAUGAUCAAAGCUGGAUUAAUAUUAAGUUUGUUUGGUGGAAAUGCAGAACAUUUAGAGUCAAGAGAAAAUAUACAUGUAUUAAUAGUUGGUGAUCCUGGUCUUGGAAAAUCACAGAUGUUACAAGCAUGUUCACGAAUUGCCGCAAAAGGUGUAUAUGUAUGUGGAAAUUCCAGCACAUCUUCUGGUUUAACAAUAACACUUAUAAAAGAAAGUAAAAGUAAUAACUUCUCCCUAGAACCAGGUGCAUUGGUUUUGGCAGAUAGAGGUUGCUGCUGUGUUGAUGAAUUUGAUAAAAUAUCUAAACAGCAUGCGGCUUUGUUAGAAUCAAUGGAACAACAGAGUGUAAGCAUCGCUAAAUCAGGAGUAAUUUGUUCUCUUCCUAGUAGAACUUCAGUUCUUGCUGCUGCAAAUCCAAUUUCUGGCCGAUUUCAUAGAAACAAAACAUUACUGCAAAACUUAAAAAUGAGUCCACCUCUUUUGUCACGUUUCGAUUUAAUAUUUUUAUUAUUAGAUGAACCAAAUAAAGAUAUAGAUAAUUUCUUAUGUAAACACGUGAUGGCAGCUCACAAUGGCUUAAAUAAAAUUAGUGGUGUGCAAACUAAUACAUCUCAAAAUACUAAUCUGUCAGAUACAACAAAUGUUUCUUUGAGGGAUAGACUUGUAUUCUUUUUGAAAGAAAACAUGAGUACUAUUCCACCUUCAAUUCUUCGAAAAUAUAUUGCAUAUGCUCGGCAAUACGUCAAACCAAUAUUAAGUAAAGAAGCAGCAGAAAUAUUACAAAAUUAUUAUUUAGAACUUAGAAAUAAAAAUAACAAAUAUUGUGGCCUACCUGUGUAUAAUAGACAACUAGAAGCUAUGAUAAGAUUAGCUGAGGCUAGAGCAAAACUGGAAUUACGUACAGAAGUAACGAAAGCGGAUGCUUUGGAUGUAAUAGAAAUUCUACAAUAUACAUUUGAUAAUGAAAUUAUAAGUUGGCAAUUUUCGGGUAAUAAAAGAGUAACAGAUAAAAAGGUCAGAAAAUUUAUAAAAAUAUUAAGAGAUGAAACUUCCCUUAACAGCAAUAAAACAUUUUCUAUGAAAAAACUACAAGAAAUAGCAUCGGAUAAUAGAAUUCUUGUAGACAGUUUUCCAGAAUUAAUAUCCAAACUGAAUGAAAGUGGUAUUUUAUUAAAGACUGAUAGUAAUACUUUCAAAUUUGUUCCUUACUAAUUUGAUUAUUGCUAAGUGUUCACUGUACAUAAACUUAACAUAAAAUAAAGGUACAUUGAAAUUAUUACUUGCUUGUUUUUAUACUUCAAAACAAUCUGCUUUACAUGGUAGGCGAAAAUGUAAGUAAAAACAACAUAAUGGUCCUUGUUUGUGAAGACAAUUCGGUCUCUUGCAGGGCCGUUCAGGGAUAUACAUUUUUGGUUUUGGUUUAGGUGGAGGCGGUACACAAAUUUCGUAAUAUCUGUUUAACAAAGUCAUUAUAAUAUAUCUUAGUUCAUUAUUAUAUAUUAUAUGGAUUGGUUGAUUAUAACUACAAUUUUGCAGUACAAUGAUGGGCAGACCAAGUGCCCACAGGAAAACUGAUGGGCACAAUAUAUUGUCACAGAUAUUGUCACAAUUCAUAUUGCUGGAUUUA